AUGUCUAGUGCUGAAGCUACAUCCACAAAAACAAGACAACAGCCUAAAUGGCAUGUUCCUUCUCGCAGUGAAGUUCCUGUCUUGAAAUUUCAAAAUUCCUUGACUAAAACAAAGACCGAAUUUAUUCCCAAGUGUGGUAGACGUGUUACUUGGUACAACUGUGGACCUACCGUUUACGAUGCCUCUCAUAUGGGACAUGCUCGAACUUAUUUGAGUAUGGAUAUUAUUCGUCGUGUUCUUGAAGAUUAUUUCAAAUACGAUGUUUUGUUUGUUCAAAACAUUACUGAUAUCGACGAUAAAAUCAUCUUACGUGCUCGUCAGCAAUAUCUUUUUGAAAAUAUGAAGAAAGAGACUAACGAAUUGAACGAACAAUUGAUCAAACAAUUGGAAGAAGCUUGGCUAGAAUUUGCCAAUGCUAAGUUGAAGAAGCUGGAUUCUGCACACGUUGCGUUGGCUACUAGUAACUGGACAGAAUUUUCACAGAAAAUGACACCUGAAGAAAUCGCUAAGGCAGUUGUUUUGGAUGAAAAGUUCAAGAUGAUCUUUACUGCUUUGAAUACUUCUUAUCUUGCCAUUCAAAAUGCCAAGUCCAACUUGCAAAAGGGCACGAAGAGUAAGGAAGCUGCCGAAGAAUUAUUAGAUGCAUCACAGGAUAUUGUUUCAGCUUGGUUAGAUGCCAGAAAAGGACAUGAGGUCAAUGAUCCCAGAAUUUUCCGUGACCUUCCUGCUUAUUGGGAAGACCAAUACUUCAAAGACAUGCAAGCUCUCAAUGUUCGUGCACCUGAUGUACAAACUCGCGUCAGUGAAUACGUACCUGAAAUUGUAGAAUAUGUACAGAAGAUUAUUGACAAUGGCUAUGCCUAUGAAGCUAAUGGAUCUGUGUACUUUGAUACAUCCCGUUACGACGGCCAUCAAGGCCAUCAUUACGCCAAGCUUGAACCCUGGUCGAAGGGUGAUACUGCUUUGAUAGAAGAUGGUGAAGGUUCUUUGGGCAGUAAGCUUCAAGGUAAGAGAAGCCCUAACGAUUUCGCGUUAUGGAAGGCUUCGAAGCCUGGAGAGCCUACAUGGGAUUCACCUUGGUCCAAAGGUCGCCCUGGUUGGCAUAUUGAAUGUUCCGUCAUGGCCAGUGCGGUUCUUGGCGACAAUAUUGAUAUUCACUCUGGUGGUGUCGAUCUAGCCUUCCCUCAUCACGACAAUGAAUUAGCUCAAGCGGAAGCUUACUACGACUGUCAGCAAUGGAUCAAUUAUUUCUUACACGCUGGACAUCUUCAUGUGGAGGGUCAGAAAAUGAGUAAGAGUUUGAAGAACUUCAUCACGAUCAACGAAGCUCUUAAAACAUACACCGCUCGUCAGUUGCGUAUUUUCUUCUUGCUGCAUCAGUGGGAUGCAAAGAUGGAUUUCAAAAAGUCCAGUAUGCAAGAAACCAUUCAAAUUGAACAAACGAUGAAGAACUUCUUUGAUAAUGUGAAGGCUAUUAUCCACAAAGUGCAAAAAGAUGGUUCGCGCGGGGCCACUGAAUUGGCGGACGGUCUUGUCACGCAUCGAUUCAGGAAAGCAGAGAGUGAUCUUUUAAGCUUAUUACAGACCAAACAAGAUGCUGUUCAUGCAGCUCUUUGUGACUCUAUCAAUACACCUAUGGCAAUGGAUGAAAUUAUGAGUUUGAUUGGUUCUACCAAUAUCUACAUGAAUACUGCCGGUGCCAAGGGUGUGAAUACUCACCUAUUAAACAAAAUUGCUAAAUACGUGACUUCAAUGUUGAAGGUCUUUGGUGUCGCUGAUAACGGAGCCGAUAUUGGUUUAGGUAAUGUUGCCGGACAGGCCUCUGGAAACGUUGAAGAAAUUUUAAUGCCGUAUCUUGAAGCGCUUUCUACCUUCAGAGACCAAGUUCGCAUUGGUGCUCGUAAUAAGGUAGAUCACAAGGACUUUUUGAAAUUGUGUGACUCUCUUCGUGAUGAACAAAUGGUGGAAUUGGGUGUUUCUUUGGAUGACCAAGAAGAUGGCACAGCUCUUGUCAAGUUGGUACCUCGCGAAGAACUCAUUCAAGCCAGAGAAAAGAAGUUGGCUAUUGCCCGAGAAAAAGAAGCCAAGAAAGCGGCGGCGGCUGCCGAGCGUGAAAAGAAGCGCUUAGAACGACUUGAAAAGGGCAAGGUCCCUCCUCAAGAACUCUUUAAGAAUCUAGAGGAAUUCUCCAAGUUUGAUGAGAAUGGUUUCCCCACACACACUAAGGACGGCGAAGAGGUGACGAAGAGUAGAAAGAAGAAGCUUCAGAAGGAAUACGAUAUGCAAAAGAAACUGCAUGAAGAAUAUCUAAAGGAAAUGAGCAAACAACAAAAUUAA